UGAGCUUUCGUGCCGCGAAGUUGCCGUCAGCACAGCGCAGUUGUUGCAGUUGCGACGAAAAAUAAUUGGCUUCACAGCAGUUGAAAUUCGUAGUGAAAAGUGAACUCCACCCGGAAAAGCUAGCGAAGAAUAAAAGCCACCAAAGAAUAAAAGUGCAAUUAAGAUCAGGAAACUCCAGGAGGAGGAGCAAUAUCUGAGGAAAAAGCUAUCAAUUUUUGGAUAAAGCUGAAGUUGGAGCUGAACUGCCAAUAUAAAGACUGAACCGUACCGAACUGAAGACACCAAUCAAGGACCAAAACGAGGAUAUGUUUUAGGAGCAAGCUGCAGCACAGAGAUAAGGGAAGUGCCGCCAGUAACCCCAUCAUUAGCAUAAACAUCGGCCAGACGAAGUCGCAAUGUUUCUGCCCGUGAAAUCCAAUCACGCUGGCGAGGCGAGUGGCAACAACGAGGAUGUCACCACCACCAGCAACAACUCCACACAGACGCCCAGCGAUCUGAGUCCACCGGGUCCCAAUGAGGAGGUGCUGCCCCAGGCACAUCACCAGAAUCCUGGCCACUGCAUCGCCUCCUUUGCAGCCAUCAACCAGAUGCGGAGCAAUGCGCAGCUGUGCGAUGUGCGCCUGGAAGUGGGCGGCGACACCAUCAACGCCCAUCGAGUGGUCCUGGCCUCCGUAUCGCCCUAUUUCUAUGCGAUGUUCAACGAUGACAUGCUGGAGCGCACCCAGGGAUUAGUCCGACUGCACGACGUGGACAGCUCGGCGCUGCGGCAGCUGAUCGAUUACACCUACACCGGCGAGAUCACGAUCACCGAGCAGAACGUGCAGGUGCUGCUGCCCGCCUCCGGAUUGCUGCAGAUGCACUCGGUGCGGGAUGCCUGCUGCAAGUUCCUGCUGCGCCAGCUGCAUCCCUCCAACUGCUUGGGCAUACGCAGCUUCGCAGAUGCCCACUCCUGCAAGGAGCUGCAUACGCGAUCGCAUAAGUACGCCCUGCAGAACUUCCAGCAGGUGGUGGGCACCGAGGAGUUCCUGCUGCUGCCGUUCGAGGAGGUUCGCGAGCUGAUCUCCAACAGCCAGCUGAACAUCAGCUCCGAGGAGCGAGUCUUUGCCGCCGUUAUCAAUUGGGUUAAACAUGACCUGGCCGCUCGACGACUCCACAUUGCCGAGCUGAUGUCGAACGUAAGGCUGCCGCUGGUGAGCAGGGAUUUCCUCAUGAGCUGCGUGGAAACGGAGACGCUCAUGCGCGAUGACUCCGAGUGCAAGGAGCUGCUCCUGGAGGCCAUGAAGUACCAUCUGCUACCGGAGCAACGCAGCAUCAUGGGCAGUCAGCGGACCCAGGAGCGUCGUCCGGAGGGCAUGAAACCCUACGUUUUCGCGGUGGGAGGUGGCAGUCUCUUCGCCAUUCACAACGAGUGCGAGGUGUACAAUCCGCGCUCCAACUCAUGGAGUCCAGUGGCUCCAAUGCUGUGGCGACGUUCCCGAUCCGGCGUAACUUCUCUGCACAAGCAGCUGUACGUCGUUGGAGGCUACGACGGAGUCAGUGAUCUGGCCACGGCGGAGAGCUACAAUCCACUGACCAACAAGUGGAGCAACAUCACCCCAAUGGGCACGAAACGCAGCUGCUUGGGCAUCUGCUCCUACGAUGCCUUGAUUUACGUUUGUGGUGGUUACGAUGGCGCCUCCUGCUUGAGCAGCAUGGAGCGCUAUGAUCCGCUCACCGGCAUCUGGAGCUCCUGUCCGGCGAUGAGCACAAGGAGAAGGUACUGCCGACUGGCUGUGCUGGAGAAUUGCAUCUACAGUCUGGGCGGCUUCGAUUCCACCAACUACCAGUCGAGCGUGGAGCGGUUUGAUCCCAGAGUGGGUCGCUGGCAACCGGUGCCCAGCAUGACGGCACGCAGGAGCAGCUGUGGCGUCGCCUCCACCGACGGGCAUCUCUACUGCAUUGGUGGUAAUGAUGGCACGAUGUGCAUGUCCAGCGGCGAGCGAUUCAACCUGCGCAGGAACAGCUGGGAACCCAUCGCAGCCAUGCACUCGCGAAGAUCCACCCAUGAAGUGGUCGAGGUGGAGGGCGCCCUAUUCGCCUUGGGCGGCAACGAUGGCAGCUCCUCGCUGAACUCGGUGGAGCGAUACGAUCCGCGGCUGAACAAGUGGAGCGUGGUCAACGCAAUGGUGGCUAGACGCAGCUCCGUCGGCGCCGCCGUCCUGGAGUGCUUCCAUCUGGAGCGCGGACUGGUGCAGACGACGAACUUAUGACCCUUGGCCAGCAUAACCGAGUCCUUCGCCGCAGCUGCAGCGAGCGGCACUAGUAAUGGCAGCAGCACCAUCAACGGCAUUGGAUCCGGUGGUGCCAUUCCACCCGCGUCAUCGGGAGCGGGAGGCACUCUGACCGUUCCGAGCCG